AUGGCUAAUAAACCAGUACCUACAACACCUACUGCUUCAAAUCUUGAUGAAUGGCAUGAUGCAUCAGCAGAAAAUAGUCCAACGGAUGAUUUGACAUCUAAAGACGAAUCGAAAAAGAAAGCAAAUACGGGAACUGAUGAAAAACGUUCAAUGCAAUUUGCUGAAAAUCUUGAUAUUAAUGUUGAUCUCAAUUUAGGUCCAGCACCUUUAUCUUAUGAAGAUAAAGCUAUAAAAGAACGUGAAAAUUGUGAUUAUUCAACAAAAAUUACAUUAGAUAUGGCAAAAAAUGAAACAGCACCAAGAAAAAUUCGUAUUUAUGCUGAUGGUAUUUAUGAUUUAUUUCAUGCUGGUCAUGCUCGACAAUUAAUGCAAGCAAAAAAUAUUUUUAAAAAUGUUUAUCUUCUUGUUGGUGUUUGUAAUGAUGAUUUAACACAUAGUAAAAAAGGUAAAACAGUUAUGGAUGAAGCUGAACGUUAUGAAAGUGUACGUCAUUGUCGUUAUGUGGAUGAAGUUGUUAUCGAUGCACCAUGGGUACUCGAUGAUGAAUUUUUAACACAAAAUAAAAUUGAUUUUGUUGCUCACGAUGAAAUUCCAUAUGGAGCUGAAGGUAGUGAUGAUAUUUAUCAACAUAUUAAAGCACGCGGUAUGUUCGUUGCAACUCAACGUACAGAAGGUGUAUCAACAUCUGAUAUUAUCUGUCGUCUUGUUCGUGAUUACGAUAUGUAUGUUCGACGAAAUUUAGCACGUGGUUAUUCUGCACAAGAUUUAAAUGUUGGUUUUUUAAAAAAAAAUCAAUUAGAAUUUCAAUCAAAAAUAGAUACAGUUAAAUCAAAAUUCCGUACAUAUGAAGAGGAAUCGAAAACAUUUAUGGAACGUUGGGAAGAUCGAAGUAAAGAAUAUAUUCAUAGUUUUAUUGGUUUGUUUGAAAAAACAAAAGUGUUAAAUUUACUUCAUCGUUCACAAUCACCUUUUAUGAUAUCUGGAGGUCAUAGUGGUAAAAGUGAUACCGACGAUGAUGAUAUAACAACAUCGAAAGAUACUCAUCGUGAUAAAAAAUCUAAACAGCAGAGUACACCAACGAAUGACACGAGAUAA